UGAACAACAAAGAGCAAAGACUUACAUAUAAAGCUAUAAAAGAAUACGUUUGAUUUAUUCGGACAAGUUAAACUAACAUACAAUGCAAGCGGAAAAGUGGGGCAGCCAAGAGAAUGUGGAUUCGGACGAGCAGGAUUUAAGCUCCGAGGAAUUGGAUGAAAUUUUAGAAAUAAGAAUGAAUAAGACAAGAGCGAGACUGUCGCAGAAUCUUGAAAAUGGCGAAAAUCCCCAAGGCAAAGAAGGAAUAGUCGGUAAGUUGAGUUUUGUGUUGUAUAUAUUACGAUUUGAUUUACAAAUCCUCAAAAAAUAUCAAUAUCAAGAAUUUUUGAGCACCUCAGUCCUCACUGGACAGAAUCAAGGAUUUAAGUAUAUAUACAUGGAAAUGAAGUGUAUAUAAAUUUUUAAAAGUUCGAUUCAUAUCUGAACUCCCAAUCAGGAGGGCUGAUGGCCUAUAGAAAUAGUUGAAUUUUUCAUAAUUGCUCCUGUUUAGAGGAGUAAAAAUGUAUAAAAUUCAUACUCGCAAUUUCCAUCUGCAAAAACUCAACAAUAUUCCACAAUAACCUGUCGUGGUUUGUGACUGAACUAUAUCUGGACUACCCGUCGUUUGGGAGGAAAGGCCUUCGUCAUGCAGAGACGAUAAAUAUUUGUCCAUGUGAUUUUUUAAUGACACGAGCUUAAACGGAAUUUAAUCGACAUUCAAACACAACAUUUUCUCGUCGUCCUAUAUUUGCGUAUUUGUUCUUGAGCGCGCGGAAAAUUCCCCUUGAAAAACGCACUUAAUUCUUUGUUCUCUUUGUCAGAGAUAUUGAAAGAGAAUAAAAAUAUCAAAAGUUUUUUUUUUGAAAAGUCUUAAAAAUUGGUUCCAAUACAAAAUGAGAUACUUGCAUAGAAAUAUUGGUUCGAUUUAUGACAGAGAUAGAUGAUCUAGGCAAAGAAAAUUCGUCCGCAUGUCAGUAUACAUAGAAACGCAGCAAAGAGAUCGACGAAUCAUCUAUAUCCGUCCAGACCAAGUGGCAACUAUCUUACGUAGUUUGCAGCUUGCUGCUCAGACAAAUGUGCUUGCGUAGUUCCUAUAAUACGAAGAACAGGCGAUUUAUGUAAAGCCCUCGACAAGGAGUGUUUGCAUGAAAGUUUACUCAACUCUCAUGUCCCGAUCAAACGGAAACAUUAAGAGUUGCAUGAGAGUUGAUAUAUUACUGCGCGCGUGGCAAAGACUCGUAUCAAAAUUUGAACUAGCUAUAGUAGGCCUAUAUAGCUCAAAUGAGGAUGAAAAUUGUAUAGUUUCAAAUCUCGCUUGCGUUUGCCUGCCGACUCUCGUCAACUUUGCUUCAAAUUUUGAUGAGAGUUGAGAGUUUUCGCUACGCGCGCGGUAAUCAAUCCAGUCAACUCUUAUAGUUCUCAUCAACUCUCAUGCGAACUCUCGCUUGCCAACUCUCAUUUUUGUUUGACAAGGGCUGAAAUUAACAAGUUGCGAAAACAUGAUCGAAUAUGCAGGUUCAAAGCAGGCUUGUGUCAACUUUAUGUUGACAUGCAGUGUUGGGCUUAAUACAGGAUAUGGCUUAGUUGCCUUAUGAAUAGAUAAAAAAUAACCACAUUUUAAACAAAUAUGUGAAUUUGCCAAGGUUAAGAAGCUUCAAGCAUCUUAAGGCAACUUCAGCUUCGCAAAAACAUCGGGCAAUAUACAGAAUUGUAUAUGGAUUUAUGUUAUAACUGAAAAACAACGAAAUGUCAGAGACCUCGUUGCACGCAAUAUAUUUUGAUCACCUGCAAACAUCAUUAAGCUCUUUCCUACGCAGAGCAAAGAGUAACGCCUUCUUUAAAAGCCUCUGCGAUUGGAGGUGAUCAAUAUAUUACGUGCACGCAAUGGUUUUUCAGUUAUAAUAUAAAUCUAUAUAUAAUUCUGUAUAUUGCCCGAUGUUUUUGCCAAACUUAAGAAACUUUUUUUAAGCUUGACAAAGGGGAAUAUUUGCCAAGGUCGGUCGUUAAACGUCAUUAAGCUCAUUUGUUAUUCAGUGUUAAGAAGAACACAGUGUCGAAGUAACAGCGUCGCUACUCAUAUGUCGUUAAAUAUUUAUCUCGUGGCACGGUGGCCCUGAUGGACUAAUUUCAUAUCGUACCAUACCGACUUAACAUUUGAACAAGAUUCAAUUUCAAUUAUGUAAUUCGUAAGAUGCAUUUUACAUUUUGAUAAAUAUUCUGUACAAAAUUCGUAUUUCAUUGAACCCUAUUAAAAUAUAACCGAAUCAUUAGCACGAUUCAAUCAAUAUUCAAAUUAGCCAUUAGGCUUACAAUUUUAACUAUUAUAAAUAAUUCAAUUCCACUCAGGACAUUUCAUACGUACGAGAUCAGAAUUUAGAUUCGCUUUUUAAUUUGUCUUAUUCGAUAUCAUACGAACUGGUCUAAUCGCGUAUGACAUUUAUUCUGUUUCAUAGAAUUUAAAUCAUGGUUAUUCGCAGCCAGUAAUUCUAAAAUUUCUCCAUUUAUUUUGUAGUCUUAACCCAACGUCUGCACAGGGAGCCCACGACACGGACAAAACGGGCACAAAGAAUGCAAGAUGCUUACCAUCGCUCCAUGGGAAUGGCCAAUCACACGCCAGGAAAGACGGGAUACGCCAGAGUUACCCGGGAUAAUGGCUCACCACACUGGACUAUACGAAGAAAAUGAACAUGUAUAGAUUAGAGCAUAUUCGGUGAAUGUCAUAAACUCGACUAAAGCUAGUCACAAACAACUGUAGAAUUACUGGAGCAUAAAAAUAAGAAAAAUAAGAAGAUACGGCUAAGUCAAGAGUACAAAGUUAGAGGAUUAUAUUUAUUAAACUGUAAACUAAAUAGCCAAAUUUUCUAGAUGAGUAUGUAUUUAUGAACACACAAGCACGUAAAGGUAUAUAUAGUACAUUUCUAUUGAAAAAUAAUAGUUGUGGGUUUGCACUAAAAUGGGGUAUUACAGUCAAUUUCAGCUGACUUUUCAUCGUAAGAUUCGCAAAUUCGUUGCCAAGUUCAAAAGUUCAUAAUGAAAUUCACAAACAGGUUUGUAAACAAAGCCUCUGAUUGGCUAUUAAAUCAAACCAGCCAAUCAAAUGCCCA